AUGGCGACUGUGUUUCGCAUGGUAACCGUUUCAUAUGCUGAAAAGUCCGGUGAUAUACGACCCAAGUUUGAUUUUCCAGUAAAUGUUGUAAUAGAAUAUGAUCCACAAGGUAUAAGUGUCAAAUUGAAAAGAGAAGGGAAUGAAGAUGAACUAGCAGAGUUUCCUGUGUAUUGCUCAGCGGAAUGUGCGCGUGUUGGGUCACAAAUAUAUGUUAUUACUGUAGAGACAGAGACAUUAUUUUUGAAGUUCAAAGAUGAACAAGAUUCAAGAAACUUUCACACAGCUGUAGCCAAAGUAAAGUCGGGUAAAGGCACAUCAGCGUUCGCAGAACGUACUGAUGACUCGUCAGCUAUGCAGUACUUCCAGUUCUAUGGCUACCUUUCUCAGCAGCAGAAUAUGAUGCAAGAUUAUAUUCGGACCAGCACAUACCAAAGGGCUAUCCUUUCUAACUUGCCAGACUUCAAGGAUAAGGUUGUCUUAGAUGUGGGUGCUGGAUCAGGAAUCUUGUCAUUCUUUGCCAUUCAAGCAGGUGCGAGAAAGGUAUAUGCUGUUGAAGCAAGUACAAUGGCUCAACAUGCAGAGACUUUGGUCUGUGCUAAUAAUUUAAAAGGAAAGAUAAUAGUAAUUCCAGGAAAAAUAGAAGAAAUAAUAUUACCAGAGUUGGUAGAUGUCAUAAUCUCGGAACCAAUGGGCUAUAUGUUGUACAAUGAACGGAUGCUUGAAACCUACCUCCAUGCCAAGAAGUGGCUUUUACCAAAUGGUCGAAUGUUCCCAACACGUGGUGAUCUCCAUAUAGCUCCAUUUACAGAUGAUAGUCUAUAUAUGGAACAGUUCAGUAAGGCAAACUUCUGGUACCAACAGUGCUUUCAUGGUGUUGAUCUCAGCAGUCUACGACAAGCAGCCAUGAAAGAAUAUUUUCGCCAACCAAUUGUUGAUACUUUUGACAUGAGAGUGUGUAUGUCCAAGUCAGUGCGGCACAUAGUUGAUUUUCAAGAAGCAGAAGAGUCCGAUCUGCAUCGAAUUGAAGUGCCAUUGGAUUUCCAUCUCUUGGAGUCUGGCACAGUACAUGGCCUAGCAUUCUGGUUUGAUGUGGCAUUCAUUGGUUCAGUGCAAACAAUAUGGUUGUCUACAGCACCAACAGAACCACUUACACAUUGGUACCAAGUUCGGUGCCUCCUAGAAACACCCAUUUUUGUGAAAGCAGGCCAGCUUCUGACUGGUCGUGCAUUACUUGUUGCAAAUCAGAGGCAAAGCUACGAUGUGACAAUAGAGCUUAGUGUGGAAGGCACAGGCUCACGCUCAUCCAACACAUUGGAUCUAAAAAAUCCAUACUUCAGGUACACAGGACAAGCUGCCCAGCCUCCACCAGGAGUAAAUCACACAUCACCCAGUGAGACAUACUGGGGACAGCUUGAUGCUCAAGGGGCGCGACAAGCCGUCAACAUGGUAAAUGGAAUAUCUGUCAAUGGCCUAGGAGAAGUGGCUAUGGAUGCUUCACAGACUGCUUCAAAUCUCAUCGGACUGGGUAAGCAACUCAGCCAUGAUCUCAUUCUAGCAUGGUUUUUGGAAGGGUUUGGUGGUGGAUCACCCGAAGCUUGUUAUCAUGAUGAUACAGGAAAUCAGCCUAACAUACACCCUGGCUCCAUCACGAGCACAGGGCGGCAGAGAGUGGGUCCUGGUACAGCAACUUCAACGCAGGCAGCGCAGUUGAUAGGAGGGGGAAUCUCACCAACACUCUUUACUUCACCUCAAACCCAUCAGCUUGUUUUGGGGAACACUUCCCAUUACCCAGUGAAUAACAGCUUGAUGAUUGGGGAUUAUGUGACGCCAAGCAGUGCUAUGCUAGGUGCACAGACCUACCGACAGUGAAUUGUGUUUGGAUGUUGGACAAAGCGCAUGGAAUCAGUGACAUCGGCUUUCUUCAUUCACUCCAUUAAUAAACCACAUCGUUAACUUACUAGAUCAUCCAAGUUGAACUAGGCUUAACGGCCGUAUUGAUAUAAUAAGACUGAGUAGUUAACUAGUUUGUAUUCUUUCUGGUUCAUAUUCAGGUGCAUGAGUGAGUCUGUGUGUAUGCCAUGUAUGCAUGAAUGACAUCUAUGUACAGGUCAUGGAUAGGAAAACAAAUAGAACUCAAGAUUUGUGUGGUUAAGCGAUUACCAAGUGCCAACAUGGUCAUACUGUCCCUCCAAUUGUUUACCUCAUCCCUCUCCAAACAGUCCAUCCCACCUUAUCCCCAUAUUUCCCAUUUUGAUGCUUUGCAUUCCAUGUUUUGUUUUAAAAUAAUGACAGUUUCCUAAGAUAUAAAAAUUGACUUAUUUAUUGUGUUAUGGGUCGUGUGUAUCUUUAUAUUUUACUCUGUAUUUGACAAGAAUAGGUGUAGUUUCCUUGCCUGGGCUGCCUUCAGGAAUGUGUUAGUUGGUACCACAUCUUAAUUGCAUUCAGUACAGUGAAACCCCCAUUUAGGGUUUUAUUUUGGGAGCAGAAGAUUUGAACACCAAACUGAGAAAAACUUAAAUGGACACAGAUUGUUGAAAUUUAACUUUAGAUGAGAGAAACCCUUAAUUCAAGGAAUAUUAAUGAGGGUUCUACUGUCUUUGCUUUUUUGUUAUGGUAAGCAGAUACAAGAAAGAUUCAGAGUCUUGGAAUGAGUAUGUUGUCUCUCCAUUUUUGUCAAGAAGAAGUUCUUUCCAAGAAUCACAGGUAAUUGGAAUUAUAUAUGGUUAUAUCUCAGUUCAUAUGAUUAUAACUAAUGUACUGGAUGAAAUAUUAAGUCUAUUUCAAAUCUUUUUUACUGGAAAAAACUGUACAUGCUUCUUUUAAAUCUGUUAUUGUUUUUGCUAUCUUUUCUGAUUUGAAAAUAGGUUAAAUUAUUGUUUGUUUUUUUCUUUUCAUGUUCUUUUAUCAUAUUCAUGUAAGCAAAUGAUAAUAUUGGAUGUACUGUACCAUUUUAACUUACCAAGAUUAUUGAACACAGUGAUUUCAAUACUGUUGUAAUGUCAUGAUGCAAUGUAAAGUAUACGACUGAGCGUCUUACUCAUUUAUUUUGUAUAUAUGAAAGUUGAAAUUAAUUUCCAACGAGGCAUAGAUUUGGCAGUCAGAUUUUGCAAUACUUGCAUGUGGUGACAUAUUAUGUGGACACUGAAAAGGUUUCAGUACAUUGCAAAUGGCAUAUAAUAGAACUGGUACCUAUGUUUGAUCUGUCAUAUGCACUAGAAAUGUAGGUUUACAAUUUCAGGACAAUCUGUGCUUAUUAGUCAUUCUUUACAAAGUAGAAAAAGAUGCCUUAUGUGGAGGUCAUGUUUGUUUGUGUGUGUCCUAGUAGCAGUGCAUAGACCAGAGGUUCCCAAGCUGCAGAGGGGAGUGUGAGACUGUGAGAAAAAAUUAUUUUGAAUGUCAUAUUCAGCUGAAAUGCUUGAUUUUGGUUGCCUUUAAUCGUCUUUUCCUUAGGCACCUGUCAGAAUUCUUGAAGGUACAGUUAUCCCUGUGCUUAACUAAUUAAGCAUUACACCAUGGGGGAGUAGAUAUAUAGAUCCACAUU